AUAAAUGUCAGAUAUAAGCGACGAUGAUAUUUUUGGAGGCUUCGAUAAUAGAAUGGACACGGAGCCCAUACAAAUUGAUUCCGACGAUUCAUUCGAUGCGGGAGCGCCGACGUCAUCACACACGAUGGAUAGAAAAUCGAUAAUUGAGAAAUAUCAAAAGUUGAAAGAAGAAUCGAAAAAAUUAGAUGAUUUAGCUGUUGAAGUGCGAAGCCUCUUCAUGAUUUGCAAGCAAAUGGAGGAAUGUUAUACAAAACGAAUCGACAGAAUUGUGGCAACCUAUGGGGAAAUUCGAUAUCUACAUGAUGGCACAAUUCUACUUCUCGUAACCAUUCACAAUAUCACAAAUCAGCCGAUGAUUGAUUGGGUUAUUUCAAUUAAUCCCACGUCCAUCUUCCCGAAUAGCUCAUCUUCGUGCUGUCAAACAAUCAAUGUCGGAAGCCUUCUUCCUGGUAUUCGGAAAACAUUCCAAUGCCAGUUGACAUGCAAGGAUCCUCCUGUCCUUCUACAAUUGUCUCUUCUAAGAACUUAUCAACUUGGAGGAAUUGUGAAAUGCUUCAAAGUGAAGCUGGAUCCUAUUCUCGUAACAGCUUGGAAUCAAGCACAGAGAGUAGAGCGGAAGAAUAUGGAAACGAGUUUCACUUCAACAAUUCGGCUUCCAAAUUCUCUUAUCAAUCUUCUCUCUGGCAGUCCAGAUACUGUGAUCUCUGUGCCUCAAGUAUUCAAAUCAAUUCUAAACGUUCCAAAUGUACAAGAAGAUCACAUUGUAAUGUGCAUACCAUCUACGUCUUCUGAUAACAUAUUGGUGAAGGCAAGCUGUGCCAAGGAUGGAACAUCCUAUCACACAUUGACAAUCGGAACUGAAAGCUCACGGAGUCUCACUUUUCUCGCCGAGCAACUUCGACUUCAUCUCAUCGUUGAAAUGUCAAAAUUGAAAUCACGACCAGCUAAAGGAAUAUUGAUACUCACGGAAAUGGAUGCACUUUCCGUUGAAGAACUAUUCCAGACAAUGCUUGCGGCAUUCAACUGAACUCCUAAAUUCUCAAAAACUUUUUUUUUCGGGUUUUACUACAAAAGAAUACAUAAAAAUUAUAUUGGUA